UUUCUGGGCCUGGAGCUGAAAUACAACUGAGGCCUAGAUGCCAUCUCUAAGAAGGAAAGAGCUCUCCUGUAAAGGCCACUGCUCCGAGUCCUUUGAAAGAGGGAGGGAGUGUGACUGUGACAACCAAUGUAAGAAGUACGGCAAGUGCUGUUCCGAUUACGAUGAUUUCUGUGAAGUAAAAGAUAACAAGAAAGAAAAUCCUAAGGAGAAACCUGCCCCGGAACCACCAGUGGUAGAUGAAGCUGGAAGUGGAUUGGAUGAAGGUGAUUGCAAGCCCACCACGACUCCUGACACGCCCACCACUCAAAGCACUAAAGUUACCACAACUUCCAAGGUUACAACAGUGACAACAGUUAGUCCUAAACCCAGCCCGUCACCGAAACCUGAAACAUCCAAAGACACAUCUUCAAUAGCAAGUAAGGAGAAAACGGUUGAAACUAAAGAGACUUCUAAAACAACAAAAGAGACUUCAGCGAGUACAUCAGAGAAGACGACUUCAGGUAAAGAGACACGAAGUGCAGAAAAAACAUCUAAAGAUUUGGAAGCCACAUCAAUUUCUGUUAAAACUACAACCGAAGCUAAAACUACAACCACAUCUCUUACACCCACCACUCCUCAAAUGCCUUCUCCCACCCCCCUCCCAGGAACCUACAACCACUCCCCAAAAGCCCGAGCCCACCACCCCCAAAAAGCCCAAGCCCACUACCCCUAAAAAGCCCGAGCCCACCACCCCCAAGGAGCCUGAACCCACCACCCCCAAAAAGCCCAAGCCCACUACCCCUAAAAAGCCCGAGCCCACCACCCCCAA